AUGGAGUGGAGUUCUUCUGCGAUGUCGAGUGCAUGUCAGUCUUCGAGCGAAGAGAACAGUGUGUCGGCGGCGAAUGUUCGUCGUGAGGGAGGUAAGUUGUCCCGGGAGAAGACGAUUGAGCAGCGUUACACUAAGUUGUCUCAACUGGAGCACGUCUUAGCUCGUCCAGAUUCAUAUGUGGGUUCGACGGGGAUGGAGUCUGGUCAAGCUUGGGUAUGGGAUGGGGUACGUAUGGUGUUUCGGUCGAUAGAAUACGUGCCGGCACUAUACAAGAUCUUUGACGAGAUCGUGGUGAAUGCGGCAGACGUGCGAGCUCGCGAGGUGCACGAGAAUCGGGGCCGGAAGGGUCAACGUAUGACGAAGUUAGAGAUCGUGAUAUCGGCGGACUAUGUCAGUGUUCUUAAUGAUGGGUCCGGCAUCCCGGUGGAGAUCCAUAAGGAGCAUGGCAUCUAUGUUCCGGAACUAAUCUUUGGUCAUCUGCUCACCUCAGAUAACUACGAUGAUUCGGAACAACGCGUCACUGGUGGGCGGAAUGGUUAUGGCGCUAAACUGACUAACAUAUUCUCCAAAAAAUUCGUAGUCGAAUGUGUUGACUCCCAACGCAAACGCAGAUUCCAUAUGGAGUGGUCCGAUAACAUGAGCCACCAUACAGAUGCCUCAAUCACUCCCUGUGAUAACAAGACCGACAGCUGCAAGGUCACCUUUUAUCCCGACUUCAAACGCUUCAAGAUGCCGGAUGGUUUUACCCCUGAUGUGCUCGCCCUCUUCCAUAAACGCGCUUACGAUAUGGCCGGUACGAUUGGGGUCCGCGUUGUCCUCAAUCGCACUACCAUACCCAUCAAGAGCUUCAAAGACUACGUCGACUUGUACUUUGCUAAACCCAAGACAGUAACUCCUUCCGGCGAUCUUAACGGCGAUCUUAACGGCGAUCUUAACGGCGAUCUUAACGGCGAUCUUAACGGCGAUCUUAACGAUAAGCUUAAGGGGGAACAAGCCACCGAGGGAACAGCGAGCAACCGAGAUGAUGACAGCGAAUGGGGCAUGGCUGUGGAAAGCGAGGAUGACGACGACGACGACUCAGUAAAAGGAAGAAAGAAGAAGAAAGGAAAGGUGAAGAAGGAAGACGUUUCCUUGGGACAGAAUGGAGCGCCGGUUAAAAUAUACGAGAAGAUCAAUGAUUUAUGGGAGGUUGUUAUAUCAAUGAGUGAUGGUCAAUUUCAGCAGGUGUCUUUUGUGAAUAAUAUUUGCACUAGCAAAGGUGGAACGCACAUUAAUUAUAUUGUGGAUCCUGUGGUUCAGGCAGUGCUGAAGAAGGUUGGUAGUAAGAACAAAGGUGGCAUGGAAUUGAAGUCAGCUCACGUGCGGAAUCACCUUUUUGUGUUUCUGAAUUGUCGUGUAGUGAACCCCACCUUCGACUCACAAACGAAAGAGUAUAUGACCCUGUCAAUGUCGUAUCUAAAGCCAGCGUUGUGUGUAAGUGAUAAAACGAUUUCCCUUGUGGUGAAAUCGGCCAUUACAGAAACAGUGUUAAUGUGGGCUCAGACCAAGCAGGAGAUUGAGCUCAAGCGAAAGAUGCGCGUCGGUGGGAGUAAAGGUGGUAGGGAUCGUAUUAUUGGCAUUCCGAAGUUAGAAGAUGCGAAUGAUGCUGGCACGAAACACAGCCAUAUGUGCACUUUAAUUUUGACGGAAGGAGAUUCUGCCAAAACCAGUUGUGUGGCAGGUCUUAGCGUGGUCGGGAAGGAUCGUUAUGGUGUUUUUCCAUUACGUGGUAAGGUUCUUAACGUACGAGAUGCGGGAUUUAAGUCACUUACUGAUAAUAAAGAAUUACAAAAUAUUAUGCGUAUUACUGGUCUUGAAGUAGGUAAGAAGAUAACAGACCCAAGAAGUUUACGUUAUGGUUCUAUUAUGAUCAUGACAGAUCAAGAUUAUGACGGUAGUCAUAUUAAGGGGUUGUUAAUAAAUAUGUUACAACACUUCUGGCCUGAUCUAUUAAAAUAUAAGGGAUUUCUAAAAGAGUUUGUAACACCAAUUGUUAAGGCUACAGAUGGAAAGACUGUACUACCAUUCUUCACAAUGACACAAUAUGAACAAUGGAAAAAAUCCGAUGUAGGAAUGGGUCGAAAUUGGAAAAUUAAAUAUUAUAAAGGAUUAGGUACCAGUGAUGAUAGAGAGUUUAUGGAAUACUUUAAACAUCUAAAUGAUCAUUCUUUACAAUUUGUUUAUCGUAAUGAGGAGGAUUUCGAAGCGAUUGAUAUGGCGUUUAAUGCGAAAAGAUCUGAAGAUCGCAAGAAUUGGAUUUCAUCUUUUGAGGAAGGAACUUUUCUGGAUCAUACAGCUAAGGAUGUACGUUAUAAGGAUUUCAUUGAUAAGGAGUUGGUACUGUUUUCGCGCUAUGAUUUAGAGCGUUCGAUUCCGUGCAUUGUCGAUGGUCUUAAACCGGCUCAGAGGAAGGCGAUUUUCGGCGCGUUUAAAAAAGGGCUGAUCAAAAAAGAGAUGAAAGUCGCACAGUUUGCUGCCUACGUUAGUGACGUAUCUUGCUAUCAUCAUGGCGAAGAAUCAAUGGCACAGACAUCAGUUAAUCUAGCACAGACAUUUGUCGGUAGCAAUAACUUAAAUCUGUUUCAACCAAUUGGACAAUUCGGCAGUCGCAAGGAAGGGGGAAAAGACGCGUCAGCUACCAGAUAUAUUUACACCAAACUAACGCCCGUGGCGCGCGCUCUCUUUCGCACUGAAGACGAACCAGUCCUGCACUACAAAAACGAAGAGGGCAAGGUCAUCGAACCCAAAUGGUACGUGCCCAUCCUGCCGCUGGUCCUCGUGAACGGGUCCGAAGGCAUUGGUACGGGCUGGUCCUCGUCGAUCCCCAACUACAACCCAAAGGAAAUCAUCGAGAACAUCUUCCACUACUUGGAGGGAAGACCCAUGGUCUCCAUGAAACCGUGGUACCGAGGCUUUAUUGGGACUAUGGAGGAAACAUCAAAGGCCAACGCCAAGUCCGGCUUCGAGGCUGUGGGGAUAGUGGAGAAGAUCGACGACACGACCCUGUUUAUUUCCGAGCUCCCAGUGAAGGUCUGGACGCAGCCGUACAAGGAGUUUUUGGAGGAGAUGAUACAAGCCAAUAUCGAGUCCAACCUGGCCGCAGCCAACACGGCCGCCGCCAAGGCUAAGGCUAAGGCCAAAGCUAAGGCAAAGGCCGGCGCCCGAGGCGCGGCCGCCACGGCCGGCGGGAAACCGCCAGCCUUCAUGUUGCAGGAUUACCGAGAUAACUGCACACAUCAAUCGAUCGCCUUUACGCUCAAGUUGGCGCCGGAAUACAUGGCCUAUGCCGAGAGUCAGGGGUUGGAGAAAGUAUUGCGACUGCGCAAGAGCAUUGCCACUAGUAACAUGACAUUGUUCGACGCUGACGGACACGUUAUACGGUACGAUUCGGAGUUGGACAUUUUGCGCGACUUUUGUAAGACACGUCUCGAGUUUUACUGUAAGCGACGUCGACAUAAGCUGGCCUCGCUGGAGAAGGAGUUGUGCUACAUCAGCAACCAGCUGAGGUUCGUGCUAGCUGUGAUCGAUGGCAGUCUAAGCAUUAGCAAUAAAAGACGCGCGUUGUUAGAACAAGAACUGGACGCCAAAAACUUCGAUCGCAGCACGGCGAUUGAAAAUCGUUACGAUACUAGCAAUCCAACCCUCGCGGGCGACGUGGCCGAUGACGGCACCAUUCUGGACCCCGACGCAAAGCGCGAGGAGGAGGAGGACGAGAGCAAAGUCAGUCCUGUAAAGGGCACAUUCCAAUAUCUGCUGUCUAUGCCUAUGUAUCAGCUGACGCUGGAGCGCGUAGAGGAGCUCAAGACCAAAGCAGGCAAGAAAGAGGCCGAACUCGAAAAGUACAGAAGCACCACCGCUGAAGCGCUCUGGAAAGAAGACUUACACCAACUACAAGCCGCUAUCGAACAACUUGAAGAAGACAUCAAGGCAGACCGUAUCGAGUCGGAGAACGCCCGACGACAUGCAGCCGGCCUCAUCGGCACCCAGUUCAACACACGAGCGCCGAAACGGACUGCCAGGUCGCAAUCAGGGAAAUCCCAAUCUGGCAAGUCGACUAAGUCGCUGGCGACUAAGUCGCUGGCAACUAAGUCGCUGGCAACUAAGUCGCAGUCGGGCAAGAAGCUCCAGGACUCAUCCAGCGACGCCGACGAUACCGCUCUCUUUGCCAAGCUGCGCCAUGCCGCGGGCAGAUCGGAAGUGGCUGCCGGCAAGUCGUCGGAGCCGAGGUCCGAAAACAUAAUGCCGUCGAAGAACGCCUCUUCGCGGAACUCCUCCACGACCUCGGACGAGCUGACUAAGGACUUUGGACUCAUGGACGCGCUGCGCGCCAAGAUCCUCGGUUCCAACGCCACUGGUUCGAACCCCGCGGGUUCGAAUCCCGCUGCGCCCAGCAGCAGCUCUGUGUCCGAAUCUUCUUGGUUCAAAACCGACCUGAACAAAGAAGUGGGCACUGCGGACGCGGCCGUCCUCCAGCGGAAACGUCCAGCUCCCAGCGUCGAGGCCCCGCGACCGAAGCGACAGACGAAGAAGGUCAAGGUCCAGGAGGAGUCAGACGACAACGACAGUGUGUUGGACAUGAUCGCGGAAGAAGAAGAGAGCGCAAGCGACGAGGAUGACGUGUUCGACGACGACGAAGACGACGAAGACGACGACGACGACGACAGUGACUAA